UCGGUACCAGUGAACCGCGGUGCGGUUCUGUUCUGUACCAGUGAACUGCGGUGGCGGUUCUGUGCUUGUUUGACAACCUAGACAACCUGACUGGAGGCAUGCUCUACAGGCAUGUUUGAAGACACCAGCGUCGAGCUUAGUCUGUUUUUUUGACACCACCAGGUAUGUCUGAUGGUUGACAAGUGUGCAAUUCAACAACCCUUCAAGCUUCCUCUGUAAGUUUCGUUUGCAGCUGCUGUUGGGUUCACCUCUCCAACUCCCGAUUGUGUCUUGAAGCAACGAGGGGGGCAGCACCUGCAGUGAGGUGGCAUGGAAGGUUCCUCCCCCCUCUCCCUGUCUCUCCCCGCCCUUCCCUCCCCUAUCCCCCUUCCUCCAACCUAGCCUUCUUUCCGCCCACGUACUUCAAGCAGAACGGAAGACGCCAACGGUCCAAGAUUGGUAAGCACCCGACCCUUUUCCCUCCCCGUCUCGUCAGGUCUUCCUCCUUCCUGCCCUGUGUUCUCUUUCUUCAAUUGGUCCUAAGUUCACUCCUGUCCGCUCUUCAGUCCCCAACACCCAGGUGCCGAACUCCUUGUUUCCCUAACAUGUUCUUUCUAUCACGUUUGUCUGCCGCCUGUUCCCCUGUGCAGGAGGCAUUUCCUUUUCCCAUGCAGCGGUGUGCGCCGUUGCGACGAGGGCAGCACUGGCAGGCGCUGUUGCAAUGGGCACAAGCUACCAGCCGUACCCUAAAAGCCUAGUGCUAAGUUCUUGCAGCUCCCUCCCUGAGCUGAGCUCCAUAACUCCUAGCUGAGCCUUCCAGUGUGAAGCCAAGCCAAGCCACCUCUCACUUUGACCUCUUCGGGGAUUGAAGCAACCUCAGCCGUGGAUGCACAGUAUUGGGGUAGAUGUGCUGCACAGAUGACACGUGCCAUGUGCUCAACCACCUUCAAGGCCAUCCAUCAAAUUGUGUGUGGCGGAGGUGGACGACACUUCAGACGUGAUGUGAACCACCAAGCCUAAGCGAAGUUGUUUGAAGAGCAGACGUGGAAGGCUGAUAUCACAUCACAUUAUUGCACAGAGAUCAUGGGACAGGAGAUUGGACUAUACAAUGCACAAUAAAUACAUGUAGGUACCGGAAGCUUUUGAACAACUCCAAAAUAAGAGGGCGGGCGAGCACACGCUUCCGAUGCACCGUGGCCAAGGAUGGACGGACGCGAGAUGCUGGCACAAGGAUGGACGGGAGAUGCUGGCACAAGGAUGGACGGGAGAUGCUGGCACAAGGAUGGACGGGAGAUGCUGGCACAAGGAUGGACGGGAGAUGCUGGCACAAGGAUGGACGGGAGAUGCUGGCACAAGGAUGGACGGGAGAUGCUGGCACAAGGAUGGACGGGAGAUGCUGGCACAAGGAUGGACGGGAGAUGCUGGCACAAGGAUGGACGCGAGAUGCUGGCACAAGGAUGGACGGGAGAUGCUGGCACAAGGAUGGACGGGAGAUGCUGGCACAAGGAUGGACGCGAGAUGCUGGCACAAGGAUGGACGGGAGAUGCUGGCACAAGGAUGGACGGGAGAUGCUGGCACAAGGAUGGACGCGAGAUGCUGGCACAAGGAUGGACGGGAGAUGCUGGCACAAGGAUGGACGGGAGAUGCUGGCACAAGGAUGGACGCGAGAUGCUGGCACAAGGAUGGACGGGAGAUGCUGGCACAAGGAUGGACGGGAGAUGCUGGCACAAGAAGGGAUGGACGGGUGCAUGAUGAGUACAGACUCAAGGGCCGAAAGGGGCGAACGGGACUUAAGGGAUGAACGGAACGAAAGGGCCAAGGGAGAGUACAGGAGAGGUGAAUAUGGCCAAGGGAGAGUACAGGAGAGGUGAAUAUGGCCAAGGGAGAGUACAGGAGAGGUGAAUAUGGCCAAGGGAGAGUACAGGAGAGGUGAAUAUGGCCAAGGGAGAGUACAGGAGAGGUGAAUAUGGCCAAGGGAGAGUACAGGAGAGGUGAAUAUGGCCAAGGGAGAGUACAGGAGAGGUGAAUAUGGCCAAGGGAGCGCAAGCAAGACCCAACCAAUCCACUUUUCCGG